CUUGGUUCUAUUUAAUUAAUGCGCUUACUGAUGUUGAAAGUUUUACGUUUGCUGUUUACUAGGAUUCCUGUGCAAAAGUGGCUAAAAGUACUGUAACGUUAACUUUUUGGUUAGUUUCUAGUGAGGUCUCCCAUCUCCGGAGAUUCGAAAGUAUCUCAUCGCACUUGAAAAGUACAAAUUAAUCGUGCGAUAUUGUUAAAACAAGUAAAUACCAAGAAAGGCGUGUUUCAUUCCCUUUUUAUAAGCUCACUGCGCUUUCAGUAAGUUCUUGAAUCAACACCAGGACUUACGAUGUGGAUACAGAAUGAAUGAAGACGAAGAACAAGUGACUGCAGAAGCAGGCACUUCUGCCACUGGAGUAAACAAAUUUGGUGAGUGUCCUUCAAGACCAGACUUUCUUGACAUUCCUACACAGUGUGCAGUCAAGAGGGACGGAAUCCAGGCAUCUAAUGUCUCAACAGACCCAGGAGGAUCACAGCUUGCUGAUCUUGAGGAUCAUGCCAUCCUCUUGGAGGAUAUGGAGGAUUCUCAGAAUGUACUCAACAUGACCAAUGAAGACAUACUACUUGAUGCAGGGUAUGAUCAAAGUAUUUCAAAACUACCCUCAGCCACCUUGAACAAUAACAGCCUUGACCCUGACUCUAACAAGGUCAAGGUUACCAGAGUUAUUGAUCAUGAUGGCAUGCUUUUAGAUGAAGGUGCUCAUAACAUAAGACGUAACAGCGAUACACUGCCUUCUCGUCUUAGCUCAUCCUGUACUUUCACCAGCAAAUGGUCAGACAGCACGCAAGAAGCGGUGAAAUAUCCUCAGGUAGAGAGGCAAUGGAGCCUGGAUCACAAUUUCCUGGUUACACAGAACUGGGCAACAUUCAGAGAGGGUGAUCUGCCAGCAGGGGGCAGCAGGUGUCACCCUCAGCAAGAAGGGCUAUAUCAUAGUUCUCCCAGAAGUAUGUCAAUGCUUGAGUAUUUCUCUAGUAGUCCUAGUGACAGUAGUUUGAAGGAGUGCUGGGCAUAUCCCAGGGUAAAAAUGAGCAGUAGUGCAAAUUACCUUCGUAGUGAAAUCCAGAAAAUAGCAGCUGAUUCCACAACUCAGGAUGGUAAAUUGGUGCAUAAAUUGGAAAAAGACUGCCAGCCUUUUGAGAAACAGUCUAUUGAAUUAGAUCAGGAACAGGGUGAAGGCCAUUCUGUACAACAGUCUAGUUCUGUAUUUAGCCAAGAAAACAUUCCUGUCAAGGUUGAAGGUCAGGUGCAAGGUCACAUAGUCCCAGGUGAAGGUGAAGGUCAAGGUAAUAACCAAGAAAGCAUUUCCUCUUCCACCCAGGUUGCCCCAAACCUACAUAUCACCAAUUCAAAUGAAACAAUUGGUACAAAAACUGAAGUAGAUGGUGCUAUUUGUGAUUCAGAUGAAACCCCAAUUGAUACAGUUAAACCUAUGUCUAUAUCUGACUUACCUGUUGAGAUUAUGCACCACAUUUUGUCAUACCUGACUCCCAGGGAGCUCUGUAGGUAUGUGUCCCCAGUGUGCAGGCAAUGGCAUGCUCUGUCGCGAGAUCCUGCGCUGUGGAAGGUGCUACAGUUUGAAUACAGUGACCAGAUUUCCACAGAAUCCCUGUGCAUUUGCUUCCAGUAUGCCACUCUCCUCAGGCACCUGUCUCUCCAUGGGCGCCAACAGCUCAACUAUGCUGAGAUAAAAGCACUGGCAGAUAGCUGCAGCCAUCUCCAUACAAUUAACCUUGGUUUCUGUGACUCUGUCAACUAUGGAAUUAUUGCCACUCUGGUGAGAGGCUGCAGAGAGUUGGAGGUGGUCAAUGUGGAAGGUUGUACCCUCAUUGAUCACCAGUGUAUCCAGAAGCUGUGUGAGCUGCCAUCUUUGUGCUCUGUGAACCUCUCCCACUGCACGGGGCUGCAGGAUGACAGCAUUGAACACAUGGCUAGGAACAUUAAGAGCCUGUUCUCACUCAAUAUUGAUGGAAUAUCCUGGGUCACUGAUGAUGCCAUUAGUGUGUUAGUAUCCCACCAGGGGCAGCACCUGCGCCAGCUUUGUGUUGAUGGGGCGGAGCUGAGUGAUGACAGUUUGGCAGAGAUCAGCAAGUGCAAACUCCUGGAAAAGUUCAGCAUUUCUUUCGCUGAGCUUGUCACUGAUGUAGGGGUGCAGCAUUUAAAGAAACUGAGCAACCUUACCUCUCUGAGAUUAAAGAAAGGGAAUCAGCUGACAAAUGAUGGCAUAAAGUGUCUGUUUGGAGGGGAGGAGCUUAGUAACCUGCAUUUACUGGACCUGACUGAGUGUUCAGAGUUGGAAGAUGAUGGGGUACAGCAACUGGUAGAGUGUUGUGGGAGCAGUCUUGAAUACCUGGCCCUGUGCUGGUGUUGGAACAUCACAGACCAUGGGUUAGCCAGCAUAGUGGACAAAUGCAGCCACCUUCAGUUUAUGGAUCUGCUGGGCUUGGACAAGAUUCAAGGAAUCUCUUUAGAAAGGAUCCCAGGCUGUUUACCACACUUAAAAUUCAUGGAUUUGAGGCAGUGUGGUGCUAUUGAGGAUGAACUUAUUGUGGGUGUGAUCAAGAAGAAGCCAGACUUAGUGGCUGUCAAUUACUAUGGAGAAGAGUUCAGUUCUGAGGCCAGGUGGGAUUUGUGCUAAUAUAACUGAGAAUACAGGCUCACUAGAGCUUCACGAUUACAGGAAACAGCGUUAUGGAGGCCCUCAUGUCAUUUUAUAUCCCGAUAUGCAGAGGCUGAAAUGCAUGGUGACAGAAAUGUGACAAAAUUUGCAUCUGCUUUUGGUUAUGAAAGAUAUUUUUGAGGACCUUUGUUGACAUUUAUUAUUAUAGUAAAUAUUCAUUGGACUGUACAUUUCCAUUGAGUCAAGAUACCAGUAAGGAGUUAUUUGACAUUUACAUCACAAGUGAUGAAGCUAAGUUGGUCAACUGCUUAGUAAGGAGUCAUGUUCUAAAUUCACAGUUUGCCUUAUCAAUAAAGUGCAAUGACAACAACAUCUCAUUUAAGUUUUUUAAAUUGCCCAGGAGAGAUUUUGAGCUAAAAACCUGGAUCACUGCCAUUACCCUUCAAUCAGUUAAUUGACUUAAGUCGAACAAAUCCUGCUAAAGUCACUGUAACAGUUGCGGAGAAAGGAAAGGAUUAUAUGUUUAGACCACCUUGGAGUGGUGACCAUGCAUUUGACUUGAGGAAAAGACUUGUUCUCCAUUUGCCUUCAGAGAUUAUUCAGGAAAGACAAGUAGCCAGUAGAAUGUGAUUAGUAAAAUUGUAACUGGUGAUAAGUAAACUGCCAAGGAGAAUAGUUCAUCUUGUGUUGCUUGUCUUAAAUACUGUUUAGCAUUUGUUGUAUUUUUAUUUAAGGACAUGGGAAUAAAAUUUUUGAGGCAGUAAACAACAUGGCAGAAUUGUGCCUCACAUCA